AUGAGCAAUAGUACAGAUAAUACUGCUGCAAUGAAACUGAAUUCUUUAGUGCUGUACCGUGUGCAAGAUAUAGAUCUCUUAAUCACAUUAUUUAUUCUUCAAGGUUACGAGUGCCCAUGCAAUUAUAAUCCGGCCGAUUUCCUGGUGGGGACUCUAGCUAUCGCGUCCGGUGACGCGGACGGUAGCGGCAGGGUGGCGCAGAAGAUCUGCGACGCGUUUCUCACGAGCGAAGCCUGCAACGAGAUCGAUGUUACAUUGGAACAGGAACUGGAUUCCGCUCGCUUGCAGUGCCACAUCGAGGAAAAUAUUUGCGAGUCGCGCACUUUCGUGGAACCGCACUGCUGGUUGCGGCUUUAUUGGCUAAUCCAUCGCGGAUUCUUGCAAGUUCUGCGGGACCCAUCGGUGCAAUUCAUCAGGCUACUGCAGAAAAUAAGCAUCGCGACGACAGCUGGUCUGUGUUUCGUAGGCGCCGUCGAUCUCGAUCAAUUGGGCAUUCAGGCGGUGGACGGUGUCAUAUACCUUCUGGUGUGCGAAAACGCGUUCUUCCCCAUGUACGCGACCUUGGCGCUGAUCCCGCAGGAACUGCCGCUUCUACUUCGAGAGUACAAGGCGGGCAUGUACUCCAUCCAUCUUUACUACCUGGCGCGAAUGCUAUCGCUG